AUGUCGCGCCACAUUUACAUCCGCAACAAGAUCGGGGAGGGCAUCCAGGCUCCUAUCUUCCAGGUAAACAGAGGGACGUAUUCUCGCAGGAGUCGACUCAAAAGGUCUGACGGCAGCACCACCUCCACCAGCUUCAUCCUCAGACAGGGCUCAGCGGACUCGUACACCAGUCGACCCUCAGACUCUGAUGUGUCUCUGGAGGAAGACCGAGACCUGGUCCAGGCCCAGGUCCAGACCCAGAGUCCGGCCCCAAUCCAAGGCCCGGGACAGAGCCGACAGGAGAAGGAGCAGCAGGCUUCUGUGCAGCUCGAGAGGGCCAAGACUAAACCUGUAGCGUUCGCCGUCAGGACAAAUGUGAGUUACUGUGGAGCUCUGGAUGAAGAUGUCCCUGUUCCGGCGACAGCCAUCUCCUUCGACGCCAAGGACUUCCUGCACAUAAAAGAGAAGUUUAAUAAUGACUGGUGGAUCGGUCGCUUGGUGAAGGAGGGCUGUGAGAUCGGGUUUAUCCCCAGUCCUCUGAAACUCGAAAACAUUCGUCUGCAGCAGGAGCAGAAGAGAGGACGUGUACAAGGUAAGUCUGGGGGAAACUCCUCUUCUAGUGUGGAGGACGAAGUCUCUGCCUCCAUUCGCCCGCUCAUAUCCUCCGCAGGAAAGCAGAAGCAGAAAGUGACGGAGCAUGUCCCGCCCUACGAUGUGGUGCCGUCCAUGAGGCCCGUGGUUUUGGUCGGACCCUCUCUUAAAGGAUAUGAGGUGACAGACAUGAUGCAGAAAGCCCUGUUUGACUUCCUAAAACACAGAUUUGACGGAAGAAUAUCGAUCACUCGAGUCACGGCGGACAUUUCUUUAGCCAAACGUUCAGUUCUGAACAACCCAAGUAAAAGAGCCAUCAUAGAACGCUCCAACACACGCUCCAGCCUCGCUGAAGUGCAGAGUGAGAUAGAACGUAUCUUCGAGCUGGCGCGCUCUCUGCAGCUCGUGGUUUUAGACGCCGACACGAUAAACCACCCGGCCCAGCUCCUCAAAACAUCUCUGGCCCCGAUCAUCGUCCAUGUGAAGGUCUCCUCUCCAAAGGUUCUGCAGCGGCUGGUUAAAUCCAGAGGAAAGAGUCAGAGCAAACAUCUGAACGUGCAGCUCGUAGCAGCGGAUAAACUGGCCCAGUGUCCACCGGAAAUGUUCGAUGUGAUAUUAGAUGAGAACCAGUUGGAGGACGCUUGUGAACACUUGGCCGAAUACCUGGAGGCGUACUGGAAGGCCACACACACCUCUAUGGCCACGCCCCUCAACCCUCUGAUUGGACGAAACAUAGCGCCCACCAACAACACACAGUACUCUGCCAACAUGACCGGACUACAGAGCCAAAGAACCUCCCGCCCGCAGAGCAACCACACGGGCGACCACUCCACCCCCAACGAACGGCGCAACUUGAUGACAUCGGACGAGAACUACCACAACGAGCGCGCCCACAAGGGUAACCGUGGCAACCGCAUGUCCUCCGGGUCCCAACACAGCCGGGACCAGACCGAAUCCUACCAAGAUCCUUACCAAGAUCCGUAUCAAGACCCGUAUCAAGACUCUUACAAACCCCAUAGGAACCGGAGUUCACCUGGGAGUUAUAGUCAUGAUUCCCGACAUCGACUUUGA